UGUGGAUCUCUACUCAGAGGGCGAAUCAGCACUGCAAAGAGACGGAGAGGAACAGAGAAGAGUGCAUGUGCUCAUGUAGAAACGAGAUGUGGCUUUUAGUUUAAGGACAGAAGCACUGAUGGGAUGUGACUGAGAUCAAGUUUAACAACAAGAACAACUCCUAAGGAUCAUUUCCCAAGUUUCUCUGAUUUGACUGCAAAGAAAAACUAAAUUCAAAAAGGACUUCAGUGACAGAGCAAUGUAAAACUAGAGUACAACUUUACCAAAGGACUACUGAGAAUUUCUUGAGCGCAAUAAAGUGGAUGCUCGGUUCCAAAGCGAAGAGAUUCAUGUGUUAAGAUCUCUAGAGCCUUGAAAGAAACAUUUGGAGAGGUAAAGAAGCUUCAGCACCUGUUGACGAUGUCAUUCGCGAUGGUACGACCGGCUCCAAGCCGAUACCUGUACUCAGAUAUCUCUAUGAUGUCAGAGGACGAUGAGAAUGGUAGCGAGAGCUCUGGCUCUGAUGACCGCUCAUUUCGCUUGGACACCUCAGGUUACGAUCUGAAAGUCGGAGGCAGAAAGAGGAAAUCUGGCGUUGGGGGUGGCAGUGGACGGCUCUUAGGGACGCCACCAAAUUCCCUUGGCCUAGCAGGUUUAGUGGUACCGGAGGGCCGCCAACGCAACGCGGCCAAUGCACGGGAGCGAGAUCGCACCAACAGCGUCAACACGGCGUUCACCGCAUUGAGGACUCUCAUCCCAACGGAACCGGCUGACCGGAAGCUCUCCAAGAUCGAGACCUUGCGGUUGGCCUCCAGUUACAUCUCCCACCUGGGGAACGUGUUGCUGGUGGGCGAAGCUUGCGGGGAUGGCCAGCCGUGCCACAGCGGGGGACCCUCAACCUCAAACUACUACCACCACCAUGAAUCUCCAAGCCGAGACUCUGAGAACUCGCAACCCAAACAGAUUUGCACGUUUUGCCUCAGCAAUCAGAGGAAGCUGAGCAAAAACAGAGAGAGGAAAUCAGCCCUGAGGAGUUAAACCACGACUUCACCAUGUGCUUGGAUGUACAAAACAUGAAACAUUUACAAAAACUGUUGACUGAAAUCGAAGUUGUGGUGUAAAUAUGCAAAUAUCAAUACAUAUUUAAUUAUUUGUAAAUGGUUUUGGACUGAGCUCAGCAUUUCUACUGGAGGAUAAAAUGUUCGACUGGAAAAUGACACGAAUUCUCAGACUGCAGCAACUUGUCUUACGCAAGAGCUGAACAUUUGACCACUUUCACAGCCACAGCUUCCACCUUUUCCACACGUCGACAACACCAAAUGUUUAGCUUUCACUACAGGACGCUGACGUAAGGCUUUUAGCCGAAGACGGUCCAAAGAAGAGGACUAAAGAUACCAAAAAUGCUCACAUGACUAUAACAGGAGAAAUGCCGCUACGGAGUUUGACUGUAUAAAGGAAGACCAUCCUUCUGAUAUUUUCAGCAUCGAAGGGAACUUUUGGGACUGUGCAUGUAUCGAGAACAUGAGUGGAUGCAAUUUGAUAUGUUGCACAUUUAAGUCUUACAAAUUUGGCUAAACCGAAAAAAGACACAUCUUAACUAUGAAAAACGCAACAACAACAACAUGUUCAAUAAAUGCAGUAUACUGUAUGAUUAAUAUGGCAAAUUACAUAUAUUCUUCAUUGAGUAAAUAAAAAAAAAUUAUAUAUAUUUUAAGGCUCAAUUUUUGGGGGGAAUGAACGUCUUUACCUCUUUCAGGCCACCUUCAGCUAAAAGCGAAUACAAAUAAACUUUCAUUAUCCCUGUAGAAUAUCUCUUGUAUUCUGGAUCCAUAACUAUAUUUAAUGAAUUAGCAUAAUGAAUUAGCAAUGGAUUAGCAUGUGUGUGUGAUGGCUCUUGAAAGGGUAUGAGCCGCACCAGACGAAAGAACAGAAGUGGACGACACUGGAAGUGCGGCCUGUCAGACAGACAGCUGUUCUGUGUGGCGGCAUUGAUGGGAUUCGCAGGUAUAGCAUUUGGCAGAGGCCCCCCAACAGUCCCAAAAAGGGCAAGAGGAAGUUUGGACAAAGUGUCUUUUUUUCCUCAAGUGUCUCGUCUCACUUAUCACAUCCUACACCCUCCAAAACCUGUUUGCUCGCUCACUAUCCCGCCUGCUACGUCAAAAAGACAUCCUUCCAACCAAA